AUGGCAGCCGCUGCGGAAGCACCCAUGUCUCCCCCACCGCCUGGGCCGUUCAACUGGGACAAACCAGACCUAGUUGCGUACUAUUCGGAUGAGGGGGAUGAUGACAAUGAUCAGGAGGUUUACGGGUCGGACUGGAUUGGCGAAGACGGUGACGGAGAGGGUAACGACGGACAGGGCGACAGCGGGGAGGGAGGCAACAACGACGGUGGGAACGAAGAUGCUGCUGGUGAUCAGGGCAAUAACACCGCCCAGAAUGACGGCAUAACCGACGAUGAAUCCCAGCGUCCAGUCCCACUUGACUGGAAUACCUACGACUCGGAGGACGACGAGUGGGCGCAGCAGUUCAAGUGCAUAAUUUGUCCCAGGGACAAGCUGCCUUUCGCAAGAAGCAAUAAUUUGCGUAAGCACCAGCAGGAUAUUCACCUGAGACCCAAGCAGCGAACGCGCCAGUUUUGGGCUCAGCGCAAAGCCAAGCUGGUGGCACUCGAGCAGUCAAGUCCCGCCCUUGCGGCACAGUUGAAAGAGCAACGCACCAGGCGUAGACGGAAACUCGAUCAACGAGCGCAGAACCACCAGAACUCUGUCGCUCCAGCUCCGAACCAAGCCAGGUUUGCCCCUGUGAAACGCUCUUCUCGACUUGCCAACCCGAAGCUGAGCCAGCACCAGGGAAAUGCCGGUCAACGACCAAUCGUACCAGCCAACAUUAGCCAACGGGUGCAAACCCAUGCUAGACCUGGGCCAAUGACCCUUUUGAUGCGACAGCACGUUGGCAUGGAACAGACUGCGCAGUUGGAGAAUAUCCCACAGGCCAAUGCUGUUCAACCUGGCAACCUUGGGACAGGAAGCAUCACCCAGGGUCACCCGACCCCGUCAGUCCCCAUCUCUCGUUACCCUGCCGUUCCACUUGAUCAUAAUCAGGUCCAGGCCGGUGCUGGGAUUAUUGCGCCCAACUAUCUAGCGUCUGGAAACGCUGGAAUCUCAUCUCAGCCUCCCAUUCUUCGUUCUCACGGGCAAACUGGCAACCGCCACCACACGCCUCACCCCUCCGGACCAGCCCAAGGUAUUCAGCGCACUGAGGAUGUUCUGCUUAGUGAACAGAACCUGGCUGCUGUGAGAAGCGGGCAUCUGCAGCAACGCCAGUAUGGCCGGCGCAGUGUGGACGACAGUACAGGUCUGCCAAUUCUGGCCUGUAUGACAUCAACACCCCAACCCAUCUUAUGUAUGGCCUUGGAACUACAAACAACAUUCAGCCUCGGCUCGGGAAUCCAUAUCAGCAUGGCCAGGCUGGUGGAUAUGGCAGCGGCUACAGCCAGGGCAAUGUUUCGGGUCAGAACACUGGUUACCUACAUGGCCCCAACACUGGCUAUGUCCAGAACACCGGCUAUGUCCAGAACACCGGCUAUUUCCACGACAAUGCCUAUGUCCAUAACACCGGUUACGUACCCAAUUCCGGUUAUGUCCCCAGCAACAGGUAUGGCCGGAGGGCCAGCUACGACCCAGACAAUAUCUACGACCUGA